GCCUGCAGGUGUCAGUAGAGCGCUGCGGUUGAAGCGGCGCUGCUGCAGCACUUUCACCUUCAGCCUCAGAGAGUUUAAUAAAAGUGGUUUUAGCUGGAAGAAAGAAAGAGAGAGAAAGAGAGAAAAAGAGAGAGAGAGAGGGAAAGAGUGAGAGGAUGAACGGAUCAGCGCUCAGCUCCCACUCCGCUGUGGAGAUCCGGCUGAGGAGAGGCCCCGCGGGUCUGGGCUUUAACAUUGUGGGCGGAGUCGAUCAGCAGUACGUGAUGAAUGACAGUGGGAUCUACGUGGCCAAGAUCAAAGAGAACGGAGCGGCAGCACUCGACGGCCGACUGCAGGAGGGAGACAAGAUCCUCGCGAUAAACGGGCGUAAGCUGGAGAAUCUGUGUCACAGUGCAGCAGUGGAGUUAUUUCGUUCAGCAGGAGAGGAGGUCACACUGCACAUCCAACAGAGGCCUCCUCACAGCGCUAACGGUCCUCUGGGGUCGCGUUCUGACGGAGACUCGUCCUCGUCCAUGUCGUCUCUGGCGCUGCUCGGCGUGUUUCUGGCCGCGGUGGCCGUCACGGCCUUCGUCCUCUACAGACGUCCCGGAGGCUUCAGGAGACACACACCGUUUUAAUCACACGCUCACCACGAACUUUCUCUUUCUCUCGCCGAGGGCCAAAAAAGAUUUAACAGGGAACAAACGCAGAGCUGCAGCAUCUGGCGUUAAAUCUCCGUUCAGAUUCACGUUAAUAAUAAUGAUGAUAAUAACAACAAUAAUAAUAAUAAUAACGUUAAUCACAGUAACCAUUAGCUUUAGCCAUAAUCACACACACACACACAGAGGAUUAAAGAUAAACCUGAAUCUGUCGCUAAGUGCUGUAUAAACAGAAAUACGGAUCACAUAGACAUCUUUGUGACUGAAAUAUAACCUCACACACACACACACACACACACACAGAAUGAUGAUGUUCAACUGUAAAUACAUGUGUAUAUUAAAUACACUCAUUCUGUGGAUGAUGGAGUCGUUUAAAUUCUCGCUUUGGAUCUUUUGCUGAUCAGUUUUGGAGAAACAAUCGUAGCUUUAAAGGUAUACUCGAUUGACAGGUGUCUCUGGAUCAAAGGGCGGAGCUUCAGUUAAACGUAAUCAGCUGAUCACCUUCUGUGACGGUUUUUGUUAAUUGUGAUAAAUUCUGUUGCUAUAAGUUACGUUUUUAUUGUUGUAAUCAUUUUGUCAUGGGGCGUACAAACUUUUGCACUCGACCCUGACUAGCCGUACAGCAUUUAGCCAGCUAACUCUUAAGCAGUUAACUGAUGUUCGCUAGACAGUGUUGGUAGCUGCAUUCUGGUGAUGUCAUACGAUCAUGUGUACGUAUGAUUGGCUGAUUAACUGCAGCUUAAGCUCCGCCCACAUUAUCGUAGAUGUGAUUUAAACCUAUGUGCUGCUCGAGAGAUUAUUCUGAUUGUAAAGAGCGAGACUGUAAGAGAAUCAUUUGACCAAAAAAAAAAAAAAAAAAAGGGAAAUUCCUUAAUGAGGAAAAUCGAUAAUGGCGUCCAAUCAGAUUGUGUUUGUCAGUGUGAGGAGCGAAUCAAAUCCCUGGAGCUGGGAAGCAUGUUAUGGAAACCUGUGGCCUCCAGUUUAGCAUGGUGCGCUAAAUGUGUGUGUGUGUGUGUGUGUGUGUGUGUGUGUGUGUGUGUGUGUGUGUGUGUGUGUGAGUCUCCUCAUUGGGCUUUGUGGGCGUGUUCAGUCUCUCACACAGACGUGUUGAUGUGUUUUCUGACUCUGUAUGACACGCUGAUGUUUAUAAACCCACUAAAGGACGGUGCAGUGCGGCUUUGAGGCGAUUGUAUGAUUAACACAGAUGUAGUGCAUCGUGCUAAACUGGAGGCUUCACACACCACUUGUGUGUGUGUGUGUGUGUGUGUGUGUGUACACAUGGUGGUGUGUGUUCAUUUCUUUACCAGACUCCUGUUUGUCAUGAGUGUUAAUUGUAUGCGUGUGAAUCUGUGCUGCCCCCUGCAGGCUGAAAUGUGCAUUUCAAUAUAAUUACACAGACACUCCUGUUUGUGUAUCUGAUAUACACUCUGUGCGUGUGUGUGUGUGUGUGUGUGAGAGAGAGAGAGAGAAAGAGAGAAAGUAAAUGCCCCCCUGUCCAUCUGGAAAGAAAACACACACAUGUUGGUGACGGUUUGAAGUUGGACUGAUGAUGUGAAAGUGCACUUGUGAUUUGAUGAUGUAAAUAAAUAAUGAUCACCUUG